CUUGAAUCUGACACAUCUUUGCACAAACAGACAUCAAGAGCAAUGAGAAAUGAAGCCAUGUAAACCCUUGAGACUGGGAAGUAGCCAAAUAACCACAGCAUCAACAUCACUGUUAUACUCUCUUUCUUACCUACACAAUUAGUAUCAGCACAAAGUUUUUACAUCUGUGAAGGCUGCGCUCAGUUGGACUCUGUUUUUGUCAUGAAUAGGACUAAGUAAGAAGAUCACAACGUUUCAUGGAGUGGGAAAAUGUUCAGAUGAGAGCCAUUGUCAGAUGCUUCCAGGUGUGAAAGUCUUCAUCUGUAUAGCCUGUUCUCUCUGGCAAGUAUGGAAAUAAGCAUGGUGAAAACAUUUAUCUGUCAGCCUUUGUUGAUGUCAGUGAUACUUAAGGAGCUUAAUGAAGAAGAAAGAAGUAACAUUUCUCAAGCUGCUAUAUGAAUGGAAAUCCAGUCUCCUAUGUGGGCUGUGGAAGGUUGAUGUUAAGGAGAACUAACGUGCCAUCCUAAAACAGAUCCUCAGUCCUGUUCUAAACCUCUGGCAGCAGUUCCAGUACCGGCUGGAUUAGCAGUUCCUUCCAGAGAACAGGUUCAUCAAUUUCGUCUCUCUACACUCUGCAAGGUAGGACUGGAACAAUGAAACUGAAUGAGCGUAGCGUGGCACAUUAUGCCACCUGUGAUUCUCCAGCAGAUCACACUGGCUUUCUGUGCAAGCGUGUGGAGCGCCACCAUCACCACCACCACACUACCUCCUACCAGCGUCGCUGGUUCAUCCUCAAGGGCAAUCUGCUAUUCUAUUUUGAAGAGCGGGAGAGCCGUGAGCCACUGGGUCUCAUUGUGCUUGAGGGCUGCACUGUGGAGCUGUGUGAGGCUGCAGAGGAGUUUGCCUUUGCCAUCCGCUUUGAUGGCACCGGGGGCAAGGCCUAUGUGUUGGUUGCUGACUGCCAAAUUGCUAUGGAGGCUUGGGUGAAGGCACUUUCACGAGCCAGCUUUGAUUACAUGAGGCUCGUGGUUAAGGAACUAGAGAAACAACUGGAGGAGGCCCGAAAGAGCUUAGUUACCCACCACAAAUUACCAAAAAAGUCUACCUCUGUCCGGAAGAGACAUCUCUCCAAUCCUGCCAUGGUACCAGUCCAGGAGCACCCAGUCAUCUUAGAGAAUGGGUCUUCCACAUGGGAUAGUGGCUGCACUUUUACAGGAGUUGUUUCUUUGGACCACGAAGGGGGAUAUUUGAAACCCCCACCCUUACCUCCUCGUCGAAGACUCGCUAGCGGUAAUGUGGGUGGAGGCUUCACUCCUGGCCUUGCUUCUCCUGGGCAGGAAAGUCCCGUGUCUCCAGAGACAGCUUGUUUCUCAAAGCUGCAUGAUUGGUAUGGCCAGGAGAUUGCAGAGGUGAGAAGGGAAUGGCUGAAAUGUCAAAAGAGGGGAGAAAAGUGCUGAGAAAACAAUAUAUUUUUGAGGUGGGUUUUUUGAUUAUUUUUUUUAAAAAAUGGGCAUCAAGCUGGUUUCCCCAGAACUCUUGCUGCCCUUAUGAGUUGUCAAAGACUUCAUAUUCAUAUCUGGAAUAUUUAAUUGCAGUUACAAGUAUAUUGUGGACCAGUCAUGGCCACAGUGUAGUAUUUCCAGGGAAUCUAGAAAUGGCCACAACAUUCCUAAAACCUAAUCCAUAACUUAAGCAGAAGAUGUGUUUGCUAUCUUAUAUUUUCAGACAUUGAUACUUCUUAAUAUAUGAAAAAAAACCAUGUAUUGCUAUUCUCCUCUUGUGCCCUACAAUAUCAUUAGUGGCAUUUCAUCUAUAUAUUACAGUUGCUUUAAGACUUAUUCUUAAGAAAGCUAAGCUCAGAGUUACACAGCAUGGCAACAUUUUCUCACUCACUCGAACAAUUAUAAUGCCUACAUGGCACCUUUCCAGUAUUCAAAGUGGUUCAUGUAUAUUAUAUUAUGAUUACUGACAACAGCCUGAUAAUGUAGGUUGGCUUCAUUAUCACAGAUGGAGAUAAAGUGAGAGAACAGUAGCUUGCCUAAAGCCAUUUUGUUACUUCAUAGCCACAUUAAAAUUGAACCAGAAUUUUUUCCAGCCGUGACAUUGAAGCAGCCCUUGCAAAAUAAGAUGACAGUUAAUGUCCCUGAUCCAAAACCUGUGUAUGUCUCUGGCUCACAUAAUUUCUUAAGCUUUUUUUCAUGUACAUUUUGAGUCCGUAUUUGAGGAUUAAACUGCAAGAGAACCAAAAUGAUCUUGGUCAUAGUUGAAGCAAGCAAUUAGAGUUACUCUCACACUGCAAAGUUGUAAAGAUGUGUAACACUUUGAUUUAGGGGUGGAAAUCAUGUUGCUCUUUAGAUGUUGAUGACUGUAACUCCCAGUAGCCCUAGCCAGCGGGGUAUAAAUACCGUAACAAACAAACAAACAAACAAACAAAUAAAUACAGUAACAUCUGGAAGGUCACACAUGAUUCCCCUCAUUUUCCAUUUAGUCACUCUAUUCCCUAGCAUUGCCAUCAGUGCAGCCAUCCUUAGGUCUAAGGCUAUAUUUGUUCCUUUUGAUAAGGAUUCUGUUUUCUCUACAGUUUCUCCAUAACUGCAUUGGUUAAGGGACAGUAUGUUUCAGAACUACAUUUCAGAAUGGUCUUAAAAAUUCACAGCUGAAAACUCAAGUUACUGCUAAUUUCCAUUUUGUUAUGUGCCUUCAAGUCAACUCCAGUUUAUGGCAACCUUAUCACAUGGUUUUUGUAGCAAGGUUUAUUCAAAGCAUGUUUGUCAUUGCCUUCCUCUGAGGCUGAGAGAAUGAGAUGUGCCAAAUGUCACCCAGACAGUUUUCAUGGCUGAGCAGAGAUUCAAACCCUGGUCUCCUGAAGUCUUAGUACAACACUUAAAUCUCUAUACCACACUGGCUGCCAAACCUCCCUUACCCACUCCUUUUUUGUCAGGAAAGAAGAAGUGAUUGUUAGAAGGCUGAAAAUAUGCAAUGUGGCUGACAACAAGAUAGAUGAGAAAAAACAAAUUAGGGAACAGUGAACACCAGAUCCUGUUGGAUCUUGGAAGCUAAGCAGUACAUGGAUGGGAGACUGCCAACAGAUACCAGGUGUAGCUAUAUUUCAGAGGAAGGAACUGGCAAACCAUUUCUGAGUAACCCUUGACCAAGACAGGAUUUAUGAAAGGAAACGACUAAGGAAGGAUCUAUGAAAUUCUUGGGAUCACCAUAAAUCAACAGGCAACUUGAAAGCGCACACACACGCGCACACACGCACACACAAAUACACCAAAGAGAAUUUUAAAUUUCUUAACUGUGGUAUAUUCAACUACUAGUUUGUUUCUGGUUGUUAAGUCCUAAAAUUACACCAAAUUAUCUCUGCAAGAGGUGAUUACUUUAUCAUUCUUCCACCCCACUCCCCCAAAUAUACACAAUAUCAUGCUGUAUGCUGUUAUUUUCCUGAUCUUUUGGGUACAGUUUUCUGUUUAAAGGUUUUGCAUAUUUCUAACCUGAAAAUAUAGCUUAUUAUUGAGCCAACAAAAUUAUUAGUUACAAGGGGUGUGCUUCAAAUUCAGAUGAAGCCCAAACCCAGAAGUGGAACAGGUCAAUUUGAGACAUGUCCAGACUAAAGCAAGCCAACUCAAAAGUGGACCAAGUUUGACUAUAUGCUCCUGAAGACUUUGAAGAACCCAUAGGCAUAUACAGUGUAUCUCCCACAAAUUCUCUGUGUAAGAAAAACACCAGAGAUGGAGAGAAGCAGGUUUUGUUUUAUGAUUAAUAGUUCUAUCUUCUAAUCUCAGUGAUUUUAUCAGGGCAGUUGGACUGCUUUCCACUGUUCAGUAAUCAGUAGUUCUCUCUAUCAGGAAUAGAAACAUUAAAAGAGAUUUUAUGGUGUUACAGGAAACCUGAGAAAAUGCAGAUUGGAUGUACCGGUAUGCUUGAAAAAUGAAUAUUCAUUAUCCAAUCUCCACCCCUGCUAUAUUGUACUUUGCAUGACUUUGGUGCCAGCUGUGCAGAAAACUAAACUUAUAUCAAACUGUGUUGCGUUCACUGUAAUUUCCUAACCCCAAGGUUUAUGGCACAGGGAUAUAUUUGUUUGUUUGUUGUUGAUGAUGUUAAGCACCCUUGAGUUGAUGUUGACCCAUGGCACUGCUGUGGAUGAGACAUCUCCAAGACUCCCUGUCUUUCACUGCUCUGCUUAGUUCGUUUGUAGCCUGUAUCAUUUUUAUACAAACUGACCAAAGCAAAAGGCAAUAAUAAAGGGCCUUAAUGGAUAGUAUGUCCAUCUCCACUGCAAAUUAAACACCUUUUCCAUAAAAAAAGUGCAUUCUCCCCCUUUUGAAAUUGUACAGGUUUUAAAACGAGGACUACUUCUAUAUUUUCAUAAUAAUGGAUGUUAUCACACAAGGGAAACUGGAAGUAUAAUCCAAUGGCAAUCUGAACGCAAUCAUGGGGUUUAACGUUAUUGCGUGAUAGACUACCACACGCAAUUUUGGGU